UCCACUCCCUCCCUCGUGAAGAACCCCGACGUAAAACGCGAGACGUAAUUAAUGACUCGGCCUGUAGGUCGCUUUUUGAGAAGCAGCUCCGUCUCGUGCGCCGUGAGUUGCCGUUGCCGCGCGCUGACGCCGGGCAGGAUGGAGCGCAAGCUUUCAUUCACCUGUCAAAACCACUUUGGGAGGAAUUGGGAUUUGCGCCAGAGAUGCUUUUUUUGACACUAGCGCGCAUUGAGCUUGAAUAAUAAUAAAAAAAGGAAGAAGACCCCACUUCGAGUCGAGGAGCGUAUAUUUACAGGCAACUUCUAGUUUGGAGAAGCCGCUGGUGUCGUGCGCUGCGAGCAGAGGAGCUGAAUUCUAGAUUAGAGUAGAAAUUAGGAGAUUAGAUUUAGCUCUCGCUCGGAGGGUCUUGUUCUACGUGCAGAAGGUGCGUUGUUGUUGUUGUUAUUAGUAUUUUUUUCCCUGCUUGUUCUGUGUAACCCGUGCGCACCGGAGCGUUCUUGCGUUCUGAAAAAUCACCUGAAAGCUUCGGACUCCGGAGAGAAAAGCCGAAGAAAAAAGUUUGCGCAGGGGAAGAGGAAGAAGAGGAAGAAGAGGACUGCGUGUUUCUCACGGACUGAUUUUAUUCCUCUGUGCUAAGUGUGUGUGAGAUGCCGGGCGAUGUCCCGCCGCAAGCAGGGCAACCCACAGCACCUGUCCGUGAGCCAGAGGGAAAGCGUGCAGCCCGAGGCCAACCAUGAAAUGGGGGUGGAGCCUCGUUCACCAGGGGUGUGUCCUCGCAGUCCAAUGGGCAACGCUGGAGAAAGAGACCUGCUGACCUGUGGCCAGUGUCAGACCAACUUCCCUCUGGGAGACAUCUUGGCCUUCAUCGAGCACAAGAGAAGGCUAUGCCGCGGGGCUGGAGCCUGCUAUGAGAAGCCCAGCAAUGGCGGUGCCACGUCCUCAUCACCGCAUGCUCUACGAGUAGAACUCACCAGGAGACCCUGCCCCGUGGAGAUCGGCAUCCAGGUCACACCGGGAGAGGAAGAAGAAGAAAAGCGUCUAACGCCUGCAAGAGGAAUCUGCCCCAAGCAAGAGAGUGUACCGACAGGGAAAGAUGAGCCCUCGAGCUACAUCUGCACUACAUGCAAGCAGACCUUCACCAGCGCAUGGUUCCUGCUGCAGCAUGCUCAGAACACACAUGGUAUCCGUAUCUACCUGGACAACCACCCUUCCAGCUGCUCCCUUACACCCCGUAUGGCAUUGCCCCCUCCUCUGGGAGCAGAUGCCUUGCCUCGCUCACCUCUUGCCAGUUUUCUGGGAGACAGCAGCAACCCAUUCCACUUGCUCCGCAUGGCAGCACCUCUUCUGCGAGAGCCUCAGCCUGCUGGAUACAUGGAGACCCGCUUGCCAUCUACACCACCAUUUGUAAGUCCACCUCCCCCGCCCCGUCAUCACCUUGAGCGUUUGGGCCCAGAGGAGAUGGGCAUUCUCACCCAGCAUCCCAGUGCCUUUGAGCGGGUGAUGCGCCUGGCACCAAUGCCCAUGGAACCUCCGUCCAUGGAUUUUUCCCGCCGCCUCCGUGAGCUGGCCAGUAACAACAAUAAUGGUGGGCCCACACCUCCUCUUUCACCCAACCGUGUGCCCCCUGUGCAUAGGCUCCUCAGCCCCACGCUCUUUCAGCCUGGUGCCAAGCCACCACCAUUCCUCGGAACACCAACACAGCCUCUUCCAGUUGCUCCCAGGUCCAGCUCUUCACCAACAUUGGGCAAUGCAGGCAAGGUCAAGUCCUGUGAGUUCUGUGGAAAGACCUUUAAAUUUCAGAGCAAUCUGAUAGUACAUCGGCGUAGUCACACUGGUGAAAGGCCGUACAAGUGCCACCUGUGCGAUCACGCCUGUUCUCAGGCCAGCAAGCUGAAACGGCACAUGAAGACCCACUUACAGAAGUCAGGUUCACUGAGCAGCUCGCCAGAUCGGGGGAGGCGUGACUCGACAGGAGAGGAGCAAAAGAGUGGAGAAGGCAGGGAAAUACUAGACAAUGAUGAUGAAGAUGAGGAGGAGGAGGAAGAGGAUGAGGAAGAGGAGGAGAUAGAAGAGCAACAGAAUGGCAGUAGCAGGCCCGCAUCUAAUCUCAGCAUGGACUCUGAACUCAGCAGAAACCGGGAGAACGAGUCCCAGCCUUUGAUGAGAGAAAAACCUCUCUCCAUUGACAGUGGGAAGGAAAGCCAAUAUAAUGACAUCGACAAUCACUUGAGACUGCCUUUGGGCCGCAGGUCAAGGGAAGAGGCAGACACAGAUUCUUCAGCCAGAGCAACAGAUGCAGUAGGUCAACACAUGGUUAAUGGCAGGGGCAGUGGGCCUGAGGACCCCAUGUCAGGUUUUUUCCAGCAUAAGCCGGCACCUGUCUCUAGCCCAAACCUCUCUGGCUCCUCAGCCAAGAGGAUCAAAGUAGAGAAGGACAUGGAGCUUCCAUCUCUGCCACUCAUUUCUUCUGAAAAUGUGUACUCUCAGCUGUUGGCUGGCUAUGCUGCUUCCCGCCACUACAUCAGGGAGCCCUUUCUGACCUUUGGUGACUCCCGGCAGUCACCUUUUGCUACAUCCUCUGAGCAUUCCUCCUCGGAGACAGGUAGUCUGCGCUUUUCUACACCCCCUGGGGAGCUGCUGGAAGGUGGAGUGUUGUCAGGACGGAGUGGCAGCAGCACACCACAUCUCCGAGGUCCGGGUCCGGGCAGACCUCCUGGCUCUAAAGAGAGCCGUAGGAGUGACACAUGUGAGUACUGUGGCAAGGUGUUCAAGAACUGCAGCAACCUGACAGUGCAUCGGCGCAGCCACACGGGCGAGAGGCCAUACAAAUGCGACCUGUGCAGCUAUGCCUGCGCACAGAGCAGCAAGCUCACACGCCACAUGAAGACCCAUGGCCAGUUUGGCAAGGAGGUGUAUCGCUGCGACAUCUGCCACAUGCCCUUCAGCGUCUACAGCACCCUUGAAAAACACAUGAAGAAGUGGCAUGGUGAACACUUGAUGAGCAACAAUGUCAAACUUGAGCAGGCAGAUCGAGCAUAGGUUCCGUGCAGUAAAGCACAAACUUCAGACAGUAUGAUGAGUUUAGCUGGAUAAUCUUUUGAAUAAAUCUAACUAUAGAGUUUUCGGAAUGAUUUGGUGUGUUUUUGUUUUGUUUUGUUUUUGUUUUGUGUUUUUUUUUUGUUUUUUUUUCUAGUGCCACCUGAGAAAUAAGAACGUUAGUAAAUGUUUGUGGAUGGAUUUUAAAAAAAGCCCUGCUGGCAUUCCCAGCAACCACCAGGAAUUUGUCCAUUAAGAAUCCAUGGAGCCUUUCUACUGUGCAAUAAUUUCUGUAUUUAUUGGGUCAUUUCUUGAUGAUACAUGGCAUGUGCAGGUAUAUUAUGGCAUGUGCAGGGGUUUUAAUGCAUUCCUAUGUUAGAAUAUUAUUUUCAGACACCAUUUUAAGAUAUGACACAUACUGAGAUUUCGGCAUUCUGCCACAAUUUUGUUUGAGGAAUUUCCUAAAAGGAAAAGAAGUCAUUUUAACCUGUCCUGCAAAAAUCUGAAGAAGUCAUACUUCUAAAAAUCAGUGAGAGAUUUCCUUGUGUACUACUGCUGUUUGCAGUCACACCAGACGUGGGUGAUAUAUUAAAGCAUAAAGCACUGAAUGUCAACUUGACAAUAAAUAUUAAACAAAUUCGAGGGACAUGGAAUACCAGGGAUGUCUCAGGCAGCUGGAUGACAGUUUGAUUCCCUUUGACCACCAUCCAGCUGAAUAUGUUCUUAAUAUGACUUGUAUGAUUUCAGCUGUCAAGCAAAACAAAUUCUUCUUUAUGACAAUACACUCUUUUAGACAUCGAGCAUUUAUUGUAUUCUUCAUAAGGCCGGUAACGUGAAAUAUAGCCCGUAUUUUUGUGAUCCGAAUGUUUACAUUACCACCUUUUUUUUUUUUUUUUAAACGAAAUUUAACACCAGUGUAUAUUUUCUUAACACACAACUUAAUGGCUUUGACCUCAUAGUAGUAUAAACAUUUUAACCUGAAUUAAGUGAAAUGAAAAUUGAGCGAUGUUAUUAACAUUCUAGGGCCCAAAGUGUUAAAAAAAUCUGUUUUAACAAAACCUCAGCCAGGACCAUUCAUUUACCUGGUCUUGCAGUAUUAUACAUGUAUUAUUUAAAAAAAAAUUGGUUUGUUAAGCUAACAUGCAAUGUCCUAAGUGGCUGCUUAAUCCCCAGAGCAUUGUGGAAUGAAUCAAUGUGCUCAUUUUAGAUGUUGGAGGCAACCCAGCCUCCUACUUUUCACACUUCAACAAUUCAGAGGGCUGCUGUGGCUUUAACAAAUAACCAUUCUCCCCUCAAAUCUUAGAAAUCUCAGCCUGCUGCUUCUUUUUUAUUACUAUUAUUAUUAUAAUUUUUUUUUUUACAUUUUUUUUGGUAAGUCUGUAUACAUUUUAUUUCCAGUACUGUUUCCAUUCCAAAUGUAAGCUUAAAAAUCAGCACUUAAUAAAAUGCCUUUUUUUUUUUUUUUUUUUUUUUUUUUGGUAUCUCCAAGAAAAGUCAUGGAAAGAUACCAUGAAAAAAAUUCUACAUUUCUUACAUGAUCGUUAAUCCUAGCUUAAAUGUCUAAUUCUUUGUCCUAUGGGUAGCAUACGUAAAAAAAAAACAAGGUGGAUUAAAAUUUAAAACGUAAACCUGAGAAGGUUUUAUUCAAGAUGCUCAGAGACAAACUGGCCCAGAUACACACGUUUGUGUUUUACUGCCGUUCGAUCCAGCAUGCACACAUACGAUUAUGCAGUGUGUACACUUGUAAAAAGGAAUUUCAUUCCAGCGACAAGAAAUCACAAAGAAGAGGUUAAAUAUUUAUGCAUUUGAUGUGCGUAUGUGUACUACCUUUCAGAAUCGAAUUCAACGCACAAGUUUGCCCGAGACAACCAAGCCAUUUAGUUCUUCACUGAUACCGAGAGCUGGAUCUUCACCAGCUUGGAAGAAAACGGAAAAAAAAAAAAUUAAAAAAUGACACUCUGUCUUUAAAAUAAUGUUUACAGUGUUGAAGUACAAGGAUAACAAAUUCCUGUGUAAAUGUGUUUUAAAAGAGAAUAAUCUCAUGUUUUUUCUACCAUUUUUCGAAUGCCAUGGCAGGGUUGUUUGUUUGUUUGUUUGUUUGUUUGUUUAAUAUAUUAUUUUGUUUUUUGGUGCAGGGUUUCUUCCCCUACCCCCAUAAAUUUCAAUGGAUAUAUUCGUAUAUGUUUCGUUCACUGUUAAAAUACACAGUGUAUUUGUAUACCAGUGGCAUUUUAUGAAACGAUGCAAAAAAAAAAAAAAUCUUUAUAUUUUGCAGUCCAUUAUAAAAUUGUGAGUCUAUCCAAAUGUUUUUUUUUUUUGUUUGUUUUUUUUUUACUUUUUUUCCUCUCAUCUCUAUACCUGUUCAUAAUUUUGGUAAAUCCAUCCUUGUGAGGAUGUAAAAAAAAUAGAAAAUAAAAAGGAAUAAAAAGUCAA